CAGGAAGAGGCCACAAGAACAAGAAAAACUAACUUUUAAAGAAGAAUUAGCAAUGAUCGUAUGUUUUGUGGUUAUGUUGUCAUGUAUCAUGUUAUCUUUGAAAAAGUGAAACCAUAAUAAUAAUAAUAAAAAAGCCCUAUAAUUUCUUUAUAGUUCUGAUUCUGAGUUUCUCGAAUACGAACUUACGGAAGUUUUUAAAAGUGUGAUAGUCUAUUUAUAAAAGGCAUAUUUAAUUUAAAAUUUUUACUAUUUUUGUCAGCAAUAGACAAAAAAAACAAGAAAUCGCAAUGGAUAUUGCAAAUACAAAAGAUUGCUCAAGUCACACAGUAGAGGAGAUAACAGCUCCGUCACCAAAUAUACAAGAAGUUGUUGACAAAGUUGAUAAAUUGGAUAUAGUGGAUACACAAAAUAACAUUUCUGCAGUAAUUUUGAAAAAUCAAACAUCUUCUUUACGCAAUCUUUUAAUUUAUGACAGUGAAAGUUCUGAUAAUGAAGAGAGAGGUUGUGAAGAAAUUUUGCAACUUCCUGUUUUUUCCAAUAGUUGUAGCUCAAGCGAUAGUGAAUCUGAUUCCAAGGAAUGUUUAGAAUCCAGUGAAGAUGAUGAUAAACCUGUUUUUGUUCCCUCAACACACAAAAAAAUCCACGAUGACGAAGUUGCCAAUAAAAUCGUUGAACCCACAAUAGACCUAUCAGAUGUACAAAUUAACUUCAGUAAAGAGCAGUUUGAACAUAUCGGACACAUUAAAAAUUUUAUAGAUGCUUUAGUAACAGUUGAAUCUUUGGCAAAUAUAGACUCUUACAAUUUAGACACGCUACUUUUUAUUGAUAAUGAAACUUCAAAAAAAAUUCUCGGAGCUAUUAACGAUGUAAUAGGUCCUGUCUAUCAACCAGUUUACUGUGUACAGUUACGCGAUGCUAAGGAAAUAGAAACGCUUGAUCUAAAAGAAGGCAUGAAAGUUUAUAGCGCACCUCGAAGCUCAUAUACGAAAUAUGUCUUUCUUAACGAUUUAAUUAGGAUGAAAGGAACCGAUGCUUCUUGGUUAGGAGACGAAGAGCUGCCUAGCGACGAAAUAGAUUCUUCUGAUGAUGAGUGUCAAUCAGAACAACACUCGAUCCGCAAACGACACCAUAAUAAUAGCUUGGAACGUCAUAAGCAAUUUGAACACACAGAAAAUCGCUGUAACACAAUCAAGAAUCAAAUGACAAACAUGUUUGAUAAAUUAAGAACAAAACAAAAUGUUAAACAUAUUCAUAUGUUCCCUCAUGGGUUUAACCCAAAUAUACCUCCACCAAAUAUGCAACAUAAUGUGCGCAAUGCACCUUGGUAAUGUGUGGUAUUAUUAUUUGUAUAUUUUGAAUCAAAUCAUUAUAAAAAUUUAACAAUC